GGUCUGAGACUCACCAGCCGACCAGUAGGAGGCGCUCUUGACAGCGGGCUCUCACUGCGCCCACACCUUCGUCUCCUCAGCGUCUCGCUUCUCGCCGCCGCGGACCGCGAAACCCGCCAUGGCCGAAGCCGACCGCCCAGGGAAGCUCUUCAUCGGGGGGCUGAGCCCCGAAACCGACGAGAAGGGGCUCGAGGCCACCUUCGGCAAGUAUGGCCGCAUCAUCGAGGUGCUGCUGAUGAAAGACCGAGAAACCGCCAGGUCCAGAGGCUUCGCGUUCGUCACCUUCGAGAGCCCGGCGGACGCCAAGGCCGCCGUCCGAGACUUGAACGGCAAGUCCCUGGAUGGUAAGGCCAUCAAAGUGGCCCAGGCCACCAAGCCGACGUUCGAGAGCGGCCGGCGCGGCGCGCUGCCGCCCCGCAGCCGCGGUCGCCCGAGGGCCCUGCGAGGCGGCUCUGGGGCCCGACGACCCCCGUCCCGGGGCGGGCCGGCCGACGAGGGCGGAUAUGCGGGCGACUUCGACGCGCGGCCCGCCCGCGCCCCGCUCCCCCUGAAGCGCGGGCCGCCGCCACCGCCGCGCAGGGCCGGGCCGCCGCCCAAGAGGGCCACGCCGUCGGGCCCGGCUCGCAGCGGCACGGGAGGACGCGGGCGGGCCCCGGCUGCGCGGGGAAGGGACGGGUACACGGGCCCGCCUCGGCGGGAGCCGCCCCCGCGCCGCGACCCUUACCUGGGCCCGCGGGAGGGGGGCUGCUCGCCCCGAGACGGCUACUCGGGCCGCGACUACGCGGGCGCCCGCGACCCCCGCGACUUCGCCCCCUCUCCGCGAGACUACACCUACCGCGACUACGGCCACGCCAGUGCCCGCGACGACUGCGCGUCGAGAGGCUACUGCGACCGCGACGGCUACGGCGGCCGCGACCGAGAUUACGGCGACCACCUGAGCGGAGGCUCCUACCGAGACACCUUUGAGAGCUACGGCGACCCGCGUGGCGCCGCCCCCGCUCGCGGCCCGCAGCCAUCUUACGGCGGAGGAGGCCGCUACGACGAGUACCGCGGAUGGUCGCCCGAUGCCUACCGCGACGGCUAUGGCAGUGGCGGUCGCGGCGACCGCUACUCGGGGAGCCGGGACCGCGGGCUGCCCCCGCCCAUGGAAAGAGGGUACCCGCCAGCGCGGGAGUCCUACAGCCGGUCGGGCCGCAGGGCACCCCCCAGGGGAGGCCGCCUUGGAAGCCGCUCUGAGAGAGGGGGAGUCCGGAGCAGAUACUGAGCAGGAACACUUGGGACCAAAAUGUGUUUUCCAGAGAAGAACCUGCUCUGUGUUGGCUGCCAAGUACUGAUACAAACAAGAGUUGUUUUACCGUUUACCAAAUUCUUGUUAACUUGCUCUCUCUUAAGCUUUAGAGAGGAACAUAGUUAAAAGUCGUUUAAUUCUUUUUGGAAUUGUUAAGUUUCUUUCAACAAGUUCAUGUUAAAAGUAUGACUUGAA